GCUCCCUCUCCCGCAAAUCUCAAACCCUACCUUGCUCGCUAUCCCUCCCCCAGAUCCCGAGCUCCCCUCGCUCCCCGCCCCUCCCCGGCCGUCAUGCGGAUCCGCAGAUCCGCCUCCCGCCUGCUUGGCUCCGCCGCGUCCGGUUCCUGCACGGAGCCGCCCCGAUUCGAGCCGCCCCAGCGGCCAGCCCCAGCCCCAGCCCCAGCCCCAGCCCACGAAUCCCGCGCCGGGUCCGUGGGGCCGGCGACCUCCUCCGGCGGGGAGCCCUGCUGCGAGCUCAGCCGGUCUCCAUGGGACCUCAUGGCCCAGCUCGACCUCUCGGACCCCCAGGUGGAGAAGCUCUUCGUGGAGACUUGCUUCAUGAGUGUUUCCUGGCGAGGUAGCUGGCUCUUCCCAGCAGGCAUCACCAUGCCUGCUGACUCCGUCAAGGAGGAGAGGGAAGAAUUGGCCGUAGAUAUGGUUGACAGCAUCAUCUUAAAACUGCACAAAGCUGUGGAAAAGAUGGAGAACAGGCCGAAGCCAAAUAAGGGGGUCAAAGUGAAGAAAGGAGUGUGGAGGUGCAGGAAGAAUGACGGCAAGAGGUGGUGCUGCCGUCGGCCCACGAGUGAGCCCAACUCCUACUGCUCGUACCACUCGGAUAAGAAGCUCCCCAUCAGCGACAAGCCACGUAGGAAGAGGCCUGACAUCGACUUGGGUGAGGGGUUCUACUACUAUGCGGGGUUUGGCCCCGGCACCAAGAGGCGCUGCACGUCAAGCGGCGACAGCAUGCUGGAACCUCCACUGCCUGCUGAACCACUGAAAGAAGAGGCACCAGACGUAAUGCUACAUGAUUUUAGUGCAGCUCAGGUACAGGCAGCGAAUGAAUCAGACCAUCAAGUGGUGCUCCCACCAUCAGCACAUAUCGUCGACGAGCCUGGGACCGCUGGUAUUGCGGGCUAUGACAAGGAGAGCAGGGAUGUUGACAUGCCGGAACAUCCAGUGCCUACUAAACUGCCGAAAGAUGCGGCACUGUCCGAAAUGCAACUUAAUUUUAGCGCAGGUCAGGCACAAGCUGAUGACUCAGACCAUGAAGAAACACCUGAAUCAGUGCGUGUGGUUGACAAGCCUGCACGCAAUGACGGCACCGCUGGGAUCGCUGGCUGGGAUGAGGAGAGCAGUGAUGACGAAACGUUUGGCUGCAAUGGCGAUCAACCCCGAGAAAUCACCAAGAGGAAGAGCGCUUUCAAUAAGAGGUGGAGGAAGCCUGUGAAAGCCCGGUCGCUCAAAUCACUGAUGUCGUUGUAGUCCCCGAGUCUCGAUCGGGGGUUUAGUUUAGUUAGCUCAGCUCAGUCUUUUCCAGUUUUGGUGCUGAGUUGCAAUGUACAAACUGUUUGUAGCAUCUUUUUUGUGUGUACUGUACUGUAAAACUGUGUGCCCGUGCCGUUCUUUAUAUUGAACUGAAUUAAUUUUCUAAAA